UGUAUGUGUGGCUGCGUAUGUCGCCUCCUUUCCCUUGCUAGUUUACUUCAUCUCCCACCUCCGCUCACCUCCAGCGCGGGCAGCAGAAUGGCAGCGGCGGCCCCCAACCCGGAGGACAACACCAGGAGCGGCGGCGGCAGCACGCCUAGCGCGCUAGCUGGAGACGGAGACGCGGAAGAGGCCGAGGACUUCACCUCCUCCUCCCACUGCUCGGAGCUGUCUCGACGGCAGAACGAGCAGAGGAAGCAGGGUCUGUUUUGCGACGUAACGCUGGCCUUCAGCAGCAGGGCGGCUACCGGGAGCGUCCAGAGCUGCGAGUUUUCAGCCCACAGGUCUGUUCUGGCUGCUGCCACCGAUUAUUUCACCCCGCUGCUGGGAGGACAGUUCUCCGAGUCCCUGUCCGGACGGGUGGAGAUGAAGGAGUGGAGCUCAGAGCUGGGGCCUGACCCGGAGACGGUGGAGAGUGUCAUCCAGUACAUGUACACAGGAGAAAUCCGCGUCAGCACCUGCAACGUGCAUGAAGUACUGGAGCUGGCAGACAGGUUCCUGCUGCUGCAGCUGAAAGAUUUCUGUGGAGAGUUCCUGAAGAAGAAGCUGAGCCUGACCAACUGCGUGGCCGUUCACAGCCUCGCUCACAUGUACACGCUGGACCAGCUGGCUCUACGCGCUGCAGACAUGAUUCGGCGUAACUUCCACAAGGUCAUCCAGGAUGAAGAGUUCUACACACUGCCCUUCCACCUGGUCCGGGACUGGCUGUCGGACGCAGAGAUCACAGUGGAUUCAGAGGAGGUGCUGUUCGAGGCCGUACUGAAGUGGGUGCAAAAGAACCCGGAGGAGCGGAGCCGCUACUUCGAGGAGCUGUUUCGCCUCCUCAGGCUGCCCCAGAUUAUGCCCACCUAUCUGGCCAGGGUGGUUAAAAAUGAACGGCUGGUGGCGUCCAACGAGGUGUGUCUCCGCCUGGUGUCAGACGCAGUAGAGGGCCACGCUAUUCGCUUUGAGAAUCUCAAGUCGUUGGAUAUGGAGUUCUGGUCUUCACACAUGUCCUAUCAGCCACGCUUUGGGCAGAACAUGGACGUCAUCAUGGUGGUGGGUGGUGUUUCCGAGGGAGGGGACUACCUGAGUGAGUGCGUGGGUUACUUCAUUUACGAGGAUCGCUGGGUCAACCUACCUCACAUCCACAAUCACCUGGACGGCCACGCCAUUGCCACCACAGAGUCCCACGUCUAUGUAGCUGGUUCCAUGGAACCGGGCUUUGCUAAGACCGUGGAGCGCUACAACCCAAAUCGCAACACAUGGGAGCAGGUCAGCAACCUGACCACGCGGAAGCACUCGUUCGGCCUAACCUGCAUUAAGGAUAUCUUGUACAGUAUCGGUGGUCAUGGCAACUUCAGUCCGGGUUUCAAAGAUGUGAGUGUGUACGAGCCGGAGCAGGACAAGUGGCACAAUCUGGAAUCGGCUCCCAAGAUCCUGCGGGACGUGAAGGCGGUGAGUGUGGAGGAUCGUUACGUCUACGUCACGGCACGCACGCCUGUCGAUACGGAUAAUGAGGAUGGACUAAAGACGGUGACCACCCGCUUCGACACGGAGAGCCGCCAGUGGCAGGAUGUCGACUCGCUGCCACUCAUCGACAACUACUGCAUCUUCCAAAUGGCGGUGGCGUCGACUAACUUCUACCAUACGGCUUCCUGCUGCCCGAAGAGUUACACGGUGCGGGAUGAGGUUGCCAGGCAGAAAAUCAGUGUUCGAAUCUCAGAUGAGAUCCUGGAGAGCCUGCCCCCAGAGGUCACCAGCAUCGAGGGCGCAGCCAUCUGCUACUUUGACGAGGACGUGUUCAUCAUCGGCGGCUGGAAGAACAGCGACGAUGUGGACAAGCAGUACCGCAAGGAAGCCUAUCGGUACUGCGCCGAGAGGAAGCGCUGGAUGCUGCUGCCGCCCAUGCCACAGCCCCGCUGUCGUGCAACGGCCUGCCACGUGCGCAUUCCCUACCGCUUCCUGUACGGCUAUCAACGGUAUCCCAUGCCCCAGAACCUAGCUCGCCAGAGAGAUCGCAUGCAGCAGAUGCAGCAGCUCCACAGGCGCACGCUCACCCUGCGCCGACAGCUCCAGUCGCAGAUUGAGUGCUGAACAGGUCGUCUUCUGCUCCGUUCACUGAUCAUGCAGCUCUGUCCGAAGAUUUCCCCGCUCAGCGCCAUCUCACCGCAGCCUGUGCGUAUGUAAGCAGCGCGUUGCCCAUGCUGUGGAGUCAAUUCAUCGAAAGCGCGCUGCGUUCUGUUAAUCACUGACUCGUGAAAAGCCAUGAAACACGUGGGCAGGUGUGUACAGCCUGUGGAGGAUGGAUGUAAACAUGUGAAUAAGAGUGUUAUACAGCAGCCAAAAACUACUUUAGCCAUUGAUGUUGAUACAGAUGCUGUUUAUUUGUACGUAUAAAGCUGUAUAUGUGCACAUUUCUACGGAUAUUUUACAUUCCAUUGGUAUGGAUGCCUGUACUGGUGAGAAAAUGUGAUGACAGCAUUCCUAAUGAAGUCUCAUCAUUCCAUUGUAACACUGUGAUAAUCCCUUCAUGGAAAUGUAAUGCUGGUUUAAAAAAAACGUAAACUAUAACCGCACUAUUAAACUCUGCGUGUUCCUUUGUUAGCCUCAGCAUCUCCGUAGACGUUCACGGUGUAAUCCUGUUCUAGACUAGUCAUAAUAACCGCUGUGGCGGGUUUUUGUUCGUGUGGUUUCCUCCGCCGGGUUUCUAAGAGAACGGUUUUCUGAAGCGAUCUAAAUAUUCUGCCACUGCAUUAAACCAGUGACAAUGGCUCGAUCAUUCCUUUGCUUUUUGCACUUUAAGUCUUUGUCGACGCAUUCCUUUUUGAGGAAGGAAAAUGUUUAUAUGAGUGACUGCAGGAGUGCUUAGGAGUCACGUUUGCGCAGGAUUAUCAGCAAAGAGUGGUGGACGUUUUCCUGGAGCUGCACUUUUUAACAUCUUUGAGAAGUCUUAAAGAGGCACGAAGUCGCCGCCGCUGCACUUUGAUUUCACUUAUUUUAUUUGUGUCAUAUCAGACAAGGUGAUUGUAUUUGGGGAAAGGAUUUGUUUGUUGUUUUCUUUUAGAACUCCAGAUUCCAGCAGCUUUGAACAAACGUGUUUUCAGUAUCGGUCGAGUUGUUUCUAUCCUUAACGCCUUGGAAAAACCCUGAUUUAUUGUAUUUCACCUCCAGUGGGAGAUGCGAUAUUGAUUUGUUGUCGGCCAAAUACUCAGAGAUGGAAUGGAAAGGAAUCGUGAUUGCAGGCAAAACAAAAAGAAGAGGGUUGUUGUGAUAUUCAGGGCUUUGCGAGGUUACAGAGCAGAAAUGAUAUUCAUUUCCACUUCAUGACCAACAUGGCACUGCAAAUAUUAACUGAAAUAAGCUAUGUGUUUGCUUUGCAUGUGGUAGUCGGACAUUUUGUCCUUAUAAUGGAUGUAUGAAAUAAUAAACUCAUUUGCAAAUAAAGAUGUUUUGUAAAAUAA